GAUUGGCUGCGAGGCGGCCGGAGGGAGGGCGGGGGGAACUCAAGGCCUGCUUGAUACGUCCGCCAUUUUGGGCGCUUCGCUGAUGGUGUCGGUGAGCGCGUUUCCCGCCUGAGCGCGACUAGCGGCGGGUCGCGGGCACCUCCAGAAGAGCUUCUGUUUUGCUUCCACGUCCCACUUUACUCCUGCUAAUCUGCUAAUGCAGUAAAUUUGAAGACAACUGUUACCAGGAUAACCUGUAAUGGGCAAGGAGCCACAGAGAAGAAAACCUUUCUUUUAAUUUUUAAACUUGGUUUGAAAGACCAGCAUGUUUUGGAAAUUUGAUCUUCAUUCAUCAUCCCACAUAGACACACUUCUAGAAAGAGAAGAUGUAACACUGAAGGAGUUAAUGGAUGAGGAAGAUGUUUUACAGGAAUGUAAAGCUCAGAACCGCAAACUUAUAGAGUUUCUGUUAAAAGCAGAAUGUCUCGAAGAUUUAGUCUCAUUCAUUAUAGAAGAACCACCUCAAGACAUGGAUGAAAAGAUCAGAUACAAGUACCCAAAUAUAUCUUGUGAGUUGCUCACUUCUGAUGUCUCCCAGAUGAAUGAUAGACUGGGAGAAGAUGAGUCCUUGCUAAUGAAAUUAUAUAGCUUCCUCCUAAACGAUUCCCCCUUGAACCCACUACUUGCCAGUUUCUUCAGCAAGGUGCUAAGUAUUCUUAUCAGCAGAAAACCAGAACAGAUCGUGGAUUUCUUAAAGAAGAAACGUGAUUUUGUAGACCUUAUUAUAAAGCACAUAGGAACUUCGGCCAUCAUGGAUUUGUUGCUCAGGCUCCUGACGUGCAUCGAGCCUCCGCAGCCCAGGCAGGAUGUUCUGAAUUGGUUAAAUGAGGAGCAAAUUAUCCAGAGGCUUGUGGAAAUAGUUCAUCCAUCGCAAGAAGAAGACCGGCAUUCAAAUGCUUCACAGUCACUUUGUGAAAUUGUUCGCCUGAGCAGAGACCAGAUGUUACAGAUCCAGAACAGUUCAGAACCAGAUCCCCUGCUUGCCACUCUAGAAAAGCAAGAAAUUAUAGAACAGCUUCUAUCAAAUAUUUUCCACAAGGAGAAAAAUGAAUCAGCCAUCGUCAGUGCAAUCCAGAUAUUGCUGACUUUACUUGAGACACGGCGACCAACAUUUGAAGGCCAUAUAGAGAUCUGCCCACCAGGCAUGAGUCAUUCAGCUUGUUCGGUCAACAAGAGUGUUCUAGAAGCUAUCCGAGGAAGACUUGGAUCUUUUCAUGAACUCCUGCUUGAGCCACCCAAGAAAAGCGUGAUGAAAACUACGUGGGGUGUGCUGGACCCUCCCGUGGGCAACACCCGACUGAAUGUGAUCAGGUUGAUAUCCAGCCUCCUGCAGACAAAUACCAGCAGUAUCAAUGGGGACCUUAUGGAGCUGAAUAGCGUCGGGGUCAUAUUGGACAUGUUCUUCAAAUAUACAUGGAAUAACUUUUUACAUACCCAAGUGGAAAUUUGUAUCGCACUGAUUCUUGCAAGUCCUUUUGAAAAUACAGAAAAUAACACCAUUACCGAUCAAGACUCCGCCGGUGACAAUUUGUUACUGAAACACCUUUUUCAAAAAUGUCAGUUAAUAGAACGAAUACUUGAUGCCUGGGAAAUGAAUGAGAAGAAACAGGCCGAGGGAGGCAGACGGCACGGCUACAUGGGACACCUGACAAGGAUAGCUAACUGUAUCGUGCACAGCACUGACAAGGGCCCCAACAGUGCAUUAGUACAGCAGCUUAUCAAAGGUCUUCCAGAUACAGUCAGGGAGCGAUGGGAGGCGUUCUGCGCAAGCUCCUUGGGAGAAACUAACAAGAGGAACACGGUAGAUCUAGUUACAACCUGCCAUAUUCAUUCAUCCAGUGAUGAUGAAAUUGACUUUAAAGAAACGGGUUUCUCACAGGAUUCUUCUUUGCAGCAAGCCUUUUCUGAUUAUCAGAUGCAACAAAUGACGUCCAAUUUUAUUGACCAGUUUGGCUUCAACGAUGAGAAGUUUGCGGAUCAAGAUGACAUUGGCAAUGUUUCUUUCGAUCGGGUGUCAGACAUCAACUUUACUCUGAAUACAAAUGAAAGCGGAAAUAUUGCCUUGUUUGAAGCAUGUUGUAAGGAAAGAAUCCAGCAGUUUGACGAUGGCGGCUCCGAUGAGGAAGACAUCUGGGAGGAAAAGCACAUCGCGUUCGCUCCGGAAUCCCAGAGACGGUCCAGCUCGGGGAGUACAGACAGUGAAGAAAGUACAGACUCCGAAGAAGAAGACGGAGCGAAACAAGACUUGUUUGAGCCCAGUGGUGCCAGUACGGAGGAUAAAAUGGAGGUAGACUUGAAUGAACCACCCAACUGGUCAGCCAACUUUGAUGUCCCCAUGGAGACGACCCACGGUGCUCCUUUAGAUUCUGUAGGGUCUGAUGUCUGGAGCACAGAGGAGCCAAUGCCAACUAAGGAGACGGGCUGGGCUUCUUUCUCGGAGUUCACGUCUUCCCUGAGUACUAAAGAUUCUCUAAGGAGUAAUUCUCCAGUGGAGAUGGAAACCAGCACUGAACCGAUGGACCCUCUGGCUCCCAGUGUUGCCGCCCUGGGAGUGCAGCCGGAAGCUCCAGGCAGCGUAGCCAUGGAGGCCAGCUCUGACGGAGAGGAGGACACAGAAAGUUCAGACAAGGUAACUGAGACAGUGAUGAACGGCGGCAUGAAGGAAACUCUCAGCCUCACUGUAGAUGCCAAGACAGAAACCGCAGUCUUCAAAAGAGUGUUGAAAUCCUAUCGCGAGGAAGGAAAACUGUCUACCUCUCAAGAUGCUGCUUGUAAAGAUGUGGAGGAGAGCCCUGAGACAGCAGAGGCGAAGUCUGCGGGUCCCCGGCCCCCCAGCAGUAGCCCAGAGCAGAGGACUGACCAGCCAAGCACGCCAGGCGACACGUCGGUCAAUGGCCCCGUAUGAUGAGUGACCUCCGCUGCCGACUGAGGGCUGCGCGUCGCCACCGUUCGGGGCCCCUGGAGACUUCACCUGGAGCCCGCCCAGCCGCCACUGCUGCACUCGCUCUGCAAGGGAUCAGGACCAGCAACCUUUCUAUUCUAGAUUCUAAGACAUUGUACAGAGAAAUCCAGAAGUGUAAAAAUAUUGCACAUUGACAAAUACCAAGAAUUUUUGCGUAUGUUUAUAUUGUAUUGUUCUAAAUAAUGGGUAGCCUGUGAAAUACGAUCUUGCCACCCGUGUAAUAAUGGCAGUAAUACUGUAGUUCAAAUGGCUGUAAGAAUAGUUUUAUAAAAGUGAAUACACAGAUCUAUUGUAUUUGAAACAUAACUAUUUGACAAUUAUUAGUGUGACCAAAGUAUUAGGCAGUUUUCGUACAUUUUUCACCUUGUACAAAAUUCUGAAUUCAUUUCCCUUCCAGGCUGGCGAGGAGUCGUAGGGUUGAAAUGCCCUCUGAGUGUUAUUUUGGUUGGUCUGACUUACAAACGUGAUUUUGAAUAAGAAAUAUUUGGUGUUCUUUUUAUAACCAGCUUUCGAUUGGUAACUGUUUUCUGUAUUGUUUUAAACGGAUCAAAAAAUGUAAGUCUAUGGGUAGAGAUUAAGUAUUUAUUGCUACAGCUUAGUUGAUAAAUCGAUGUUAUUGGAAAGCCAUAUGUUCUGUUAAAGUCUCGUUUGCUUGAAAUGGUUAUUCCUACAGGUGAGACACUAGACUGUUUGGAGUGUACCUGGCUUGUGGUUUGAGUUAUUUCGUUUUUCGUUUUUGUUUCUGUUUUUUGUUUUGUUUUAGUAGUUCCUCCGCCUUUUAACCCAUUCACCAAAAUUUACCUUGUUAACAAGCAUCACCAGUGAACAUUUCCGAGCAGUUUGCGUAUUUAACGAACCUACAUCCUGCGAGGCAGGUCAGUUGGAGAAUGCUCGUGCUGCUGAUGGGUUAGAGCGCGUCCAUUUCACAGGCUGGUAUUCUAAAACCAGAAAUCAAAACCUGGCACCUAAGCAUGGUGAUUGUUUUCCUGUACCUUGUGAGGUUUUCACUCGUAAAUUCUAAACCAGUGUAUUUUUUUUUUUAGGACUGGUUUGUGUAUAUAUAUAGUGAUUAUGGAUACUAAUUCAGUGUAAUUUAUAAUUUUCUAUGUCAAUAUAAAGAUACAUCACAGCCUUCUCAAACAGCUGAAGCAAUAUAUUGUAUAUUGCCGUAUCGUCUGGGGAAAGGGUUCAGUUACUUCACCUCUUGCACUUUUAGACGCAGAUCAGUUUUUCAUUUCUGUAAUAGAAAAUUAUUCACGUAUUUUUACAUCAUUUGUUUUUCCUGACCAGUAUUUAAAACCAAAAGGAUAUUCUGAAUAAUGGCCAACGAUUUUUUUAGAACUAGCAUCCCAAGCAGCGUGCCUAAACAUUACAUUGCAUAUGGAAAUAAAAAAGAAUCAAAUGUUGAA